GAUGGACGUUUGCAAAGUUUGGUUGAGAUCGUGCAUCAGAUUGCUGUCGAACCGAUAUCCACAGAUGUGGCGCUUCUUUCACAUCUACUCGCGUUCAUUGCCCAUCUCCUUCAAAAAGGUGCACUUCAACCAACCGUCGAUAUGAUUUCUGAGCUGAUCGAAAAGGUUUUAUCGGCAGACGUAACUGCAGAGAUGCGAAUCGCUGAAACAGAUCGCUGUAUUGUUGAACUGAUGCGAAAUGUUAGCGAUUUGAAUGAGCUGGCGAUUCUGAGAAGAGCAGAAAGGGUUCCACAGUAA